AUGAAGGGCGUUGUUAUCAAGCUGACCAUGUCGAAGCACGAGUUCGGGAACAGCGUCACCUUGUGUAACCCUGUCCCAAGGCUCAUCAAGUACAGGCCCAAUACUCCGGAGAUGUUCAGGCGCUCCUUCAUGGCUUCGGUCGGCCACAAGAACAUAUCAACUAUCCUGUACGACGUCGUGAGCAUAUCGAUCGAGAUGAGGAAGAUCGUCUACAACUUCACAAAGGGCCAGGCGACCUCCGGAAGGAAGGUUCUUGUCUUCGCGGGGGUCCUGAGAUCCCAGGAGCUCGGGAGCAUUGAUGUGAGGAACCUCCCGUACAUGGUCGUCGACUCAAAUAUCAACACCUCAAGGCUGCUUGCACAAAAGACCGGGGUCAGGAUCUUGAACUGCGACGCGAAACCCAGUAUGUUGAAGCAGGUCAAGGCGGUCACGAGGUCGUUUGGCAACAUCAUGAUCUUUGACGUCACGUUCCAGGAUUUCUUGGUGUCAGAAGGCAUCAUGGAAACGUCCCCCGUCUACGUAGCCGACCUCUUCCACAACGACAUCGAGAACGGGAUGCUGGGCACGAAACCGGUGGCUCAGUGGCUUGUGCCUCAAGGUCAUCACCCUCGCUACACCGCAGUUGCACUUCAUGGCCCUCACGUCCUCGUAGUCGUUCGGCAAUCUUGA